GUUGUGUGCUUGGUCGUUGAUUUGCAAUCAAUCAUCAGUAUGGAGGCCAAUGCAACUGCAACUGCAACGGCUUGGCUGGCUGAGCUCGCUGCUGCAGAGCAGCUCGAUCCAGCCCCUGCUACUGCGACCCACCCCAACGCCACUUCAAUCGCCACCAAUGGUAACCCACUCGACACGUUCCAGAUUGUCGAGUACGGGACUGCAGGCCGCCUUGGAGUCGCCUUCCCUCCAAGCACUUCUACUGCUGCUGCUGCUCAGCAGCUGCCACUCUCGACGCUGCCGUUCGGCUUGGUCCCAUCGCAGUGGUCCGUGGAUGGACUUCGGUUGGAACUCGAGAGUCGCUUCCUGAGCGCGCCACCAGAGCCGCCAGUGGAACUUGCUCAGCGUGUGUGGGACAAGCCUGUCAACCCGUGUUCGCUGUGGGAUGUCGCGCUGAGCGCCCCGUCGCGCGAUUUGCAGCUCGAUCGCGACCCUGCCACAGGCGAGGCGAUUGGGUUUCGCGAGGUCCCGACGCAGGCUGGAUCGUCCUCAGACAAGUCUCAGAAUGCUCGAAACUCGACAUCCCUGCUGCGGGCACCUGCAAAGCAGAGCGAGGCUCAUCGCGGAACGACGUCCAGCUUCCCGUUCACCCCCGGCGGUUUCGUCCCGUCUUUCACCGCAGGCGCCGAUAGGCACGCCAUAAUGGCUGAGGCGUUGGUCGGACUUGACCUGUCCAAUCCUCUCGCCAUGCCCGCAGGAGGCUAUCGCGAGCUCCCACCAGGAUUCCAUUCUCGAGUGGUGAUCGCGGCAGAUGGGACUGCAUCCAUGCAGCGUGCGGCUGGCGAAGGCAGCUCCCAUGCGGUGAUUGCGGCAGCCAAACUGCUGCGUGCAGUUGAAGACGACGACAGCGAUGAUGAUGUGGCAGCUUCUGCGACUGUGCCGAACGAGUCCGAUGCAACCACUGCUGUCGGGUCAGACGCGGCCACUCAACCGGUCCAUGAUCCAGCGUCGCUCGAGGCGGUGCUCCAGUUGAACACACCUGUGGUCAGUUCCGCCACAAAGACGCGCGAAGCAGCGGUGGAGAACUUCGCAGUUGCUGUCGAUAUCAAUUCUGCAAUUGACAAUUUCCACGAGCUUGUGCCAGACAUGGCCUAUCGUUGGCCGUUCAAACUCGAUACGUUCCAACAACAAGCCAUUCUCUUGCUGGAGAAGCACGAAAGUGUGUUUAUUGCGGCCCAUACCUCGGCUGGCAAGACGGUGAUUGCCGAGUAUGCCAUCGCGUUGGCUGCCAAGCAUCUCACCAAAGCAAUUUACACUUCUCCCAUCAAGGCCCUGUCGAAUCAAAAGUUCCGCGAUUUCCGAAACACAUUCCAUGACGUUGGCUUGCUCACGGGCGAUGUGCAAAUCCGGCCUGAGGCGUCGUGCGUGGUAAUGACGACCGAAAUUCUUCGAUCCAUGCUGUACCGCGGCGCCGACAUGAUUCGCGACGUGGAGUGGGUGAUUUUUGACGAAGUGCACUACGUGAACGAUGUGGAUCGUGGCGUCGUGUGGGAAGAGGUCAUCAUUAUGCUUCCUCCACACGUCAACAUUAUCAUGCUCUCUGCUACCGUGCCAAACACGAUGGAGUUUGCGGGCUGGGUUGGUCGAACCAAGAGAAAGCGCAUUCACGUUAUUAGCACCCUCAAGCGGCCCGUGCCACUCGAGCAUUUCUUGUACACUGGCAACAGCACCAAGACCAGCAACGAGCUUUUCAAGAUUGUCGACGCAAACAAGAACUUUUUGCAAGCUGGCUACAAACAAGCUGUCGAAACUAUUGCGCAGCGCAAAGCCCAGGCCCAAGACAACCAGCAGGGAGGCGGCAGUGGCGGUCGCGGCGGUGGCGCGCGUGGCGGAGCUGCGCAUCGUGGCGGCGGCGGCGGUCGUGGUGGUGGUGGGGGCCACUUUGGUGGCAACAGCUACCGCGGCAACCCCCAGCAAGAUCGCAACAUUUGGAUGUCCUUGAUCGAAAUGCUGCAGAAAAAGUCGCUGCUGCCGAUGGUUGCAUUCACUUUUUCCAAGAAGCGGUGCGAGAGCAAUGCGGAUGGCAUUUUGACACUCGACCUCACGACGGGUGACGAAAAGAGCGCCAUUCACGUGUUUAUCGAGAAUUCCGUGUCUCGGCUGCGCGGCAACGACCGAAACCUCCCGCAAGUGCUGCGCAUGCGUGACAUGCUGCGUCGCGGUGUUGCCGUGCACCACGGUGGCCUGUUGCCAAUCAUCAAGGAAAUGGUCGAGCUCUUGUUUCAGCGAGGUCUCGUCAAGGUGCUCUACGCGACGGAAACGUUCGCGAUGGGCGUGAACAUGCCUACGCGCACGGUUGUGUUUGAUAGCACCCGCAAGCCCGACGGACAAGCUGGAUUCCGUGAUCUUCUGCCAGGCGAGUAUGUCCAAAUGGCUGGUCGCGCUGGUCGACGAGGCCUCGAUGACACGGGUACAGUCAUCCUGCUUGUCAAAGGCGACGAGGUCCCGGAUGCUGGCGGCUUGAUCAACAUGCUGUUGGGCAAAGCCACGACGCUCGAGUCUCGAUUCCGCUUGACCUACAACAUGAUUUUGAAUUUGUUGCGCGUGGAGGAGAUUCGCGUUGAAGACAUGAUCAAGCGCAGCUUUUCCGAGUUCCAUGUUCAGCGCGACACGACGGAGCAGAAGAAACGCCUUGCAGAAGGGGAAAAAACGCUCAAGCAACUGCCCUCGCUGGACAACUGCACCUUCUGCCUUGCCGACAUUGAACCAUUCUACAAGGCCUCGGCCGAGUUUCUUCAAUACGCUCGAGAAUUCUCCAUUUCAGUUGCGUCCUUGCUUGGUCACAAAAUCCUUGGUCCUGGCCGCGUUGUGGUGGUCAACAAUGCUACUCACCGAAACGCGCUGGGAGUCGUUCUUAAAUUCAACUCCACCACGUCCACGUCCAGCUCUUUGGGAGCGCGCGCCCAGAAGGCCCUCACAGUGCUGGUCAUGAGCAAUCCUCCAGGAUUCAUUGCUUCGGAUGCUCUCUUGAACGCUCCGCUGCCAGUGCUGAGCUUGUUCACGCCGGACGGUGCCUUGGAUCACGACAUUGUACAAAUUGAUGCCGGUGAUAUCAUCACGAUCACGACGACGCGUCUGAAGGUUGAGUCCAUUUCGCAUUUGGAAAAGCGCGAUGUCCGUGCCACGGCUCCGACGCUUGAGGAGCUUGCGCGACUGGCCAAGGCGCAACCUGCCACGCUCACAACCAUGCAUCCCGUCAAGGACAUGAAAUUGCAAGAUUUGGACGUGGUUGACAAAUUCGCGCGUCGUCAAAAUCUCGAUGCCACUUUCCAGCAGUACAAGUGCAUUCACUGUCCACAGCUGCGCCAACAUUAUGCCAUCAUCCAUGAGCGACAACGGCUCCACGACCAAGUGCAGUCCUUGAAGCACCUGCUUUCGGAUGACUCACUCGCUCUGUUGCCAGAAUACCAACAGCGUCUCGAUGUUUUGCAGCGCAUGGGCUACAUUGAUGAAAACAAGCUUGUUCAGAUGAAAGGCCGCGUUGCUUGCGAGAUCAAUACGGUUGAUGACGGAGGCGCCUUGAUUGUGACUGAGCUGAUUUUCGAGAACGUGCUGGCCUCGUUGAGCCCUGCAGAGAUUGUGGCUCUCUUGUCCAGUUUGGUGUUCCAGGAAAAGUCUCAGAGUGAGCCCAAACUGACAGAGCCCAUGGAAAAGGCGAAAGCGGAACUCGAACGAGUGGCGACAAAGGUUGCCGAGAUGCAGAACGCAUGUGGCUUUAGCACCUCCGUCCCUGAUUUCCUGCGAUCAACCUUCCACUUUGGACUGAUUGAAGUUGUGUUGGAGUGGGCGCGUGGCAUGCCGUUCCAACAAAUCACCGAUCUGACUGAUAUUCUUGAAGGAUCCAUUGUGCGAUGCAUCACGAGACUCGAGGAAACGUGUCGCGAUGUCCGAAACGCUGCGCGCACGAUUGGAGACCCUCUCCUCAUGGCCAAGAUGGAUGAAGCUGCAGGUUUAAUCAAGCGCGAUAUCGUUUUUGCUGCCAGCUUGUACACUCAGUAAACUCGCUCGGCAACCCCCGAGCUAUGGACUGCUGUUUC